AUGCUGUCCGCUGCACGACUCACAACACUGCGCUCUGCGCGCUCCCCUUUGGCAUCGGCUGUCCGAGUAAGUCCACCUAUGUGCGCGGAUGCCCGGUACUGGAUACCAGUGGCGAUCGCGGGUCGGAGCUCGUUCUUUUUCCUGGGUGGUGCCUCCGCCAUCGCCAACUUUCCGUGUGCUGAUUUGGACCGAGUCGUGUUUGUGUUUGCGACCAGUCACCGGCGGUGAUGCAAGCUCGCUUCAACUCGGGUGGCGUCAAUGGCCCCGUGAUCGGUAUCGAUCUCGGCACAACCAACUCUUGUAAGCAGUAGUAGUAGCACAGCGGCGGGCUUUCGUUUGGGCGUCGUCAUUGGCGCGCGUGGCGGCGCCGAUGCGCUCCGAGCCGAGCCCAGCCCAGCGACUUGCGAAAGGCAGCCCGUCGUCCACAGCCUUCGCUGACGUUCCAUGGCGAUCCAUUUACCCCCCCCCCCCCCCCAUCCUCGUCCCUUCGUCCACGUCUCGUCCCGCGUCCGCCCACCAUCUUACCUCCAUCCUACCAAUCUAUCACAACACGACAUUCCUCAUGUGUUACAGGCGUCGCUUUGAUGGAAGGAAAGACACCGCGAGUGUUGGAGAACGCCGAAGGUGGUCGAACAACACCCUCCGUCGUCGCCUUCACCAAGGACGGCGAGCGACUCGUCGGUCUGCCCGCCAAGCGACAGGCCGUCGUCAACUUUGAGGUGCGUCCGUUCAGUGACUUCCAAGUCGUCCAUCGUACUUACGUGAUGCAUCGUUGUUUCCCACAGAACACUUUCUUCGCGACCAAGCGUCUCAUCGGCCGAAAAUUCACCGACGCCGAGGUGCAGAAGGAUCUCGACAACGUCCCCUUCAAGAUCAUCAAGCACACCAACGGUGACGCAUGGCUCGAGGCCCGAGGGCAAAAGUACUCGCCCUCGCAGAUCGGUGCCUUCGUCGUCGGCAAGAUGAAGGAGACCGCCGAGGGCUACCUCGGAAAGUCGGUCAAGCACGCCGUCGUCACCGUUCCCGCCUACUUCAACGACUCGCAGCGACAAGCGACCAAGGACGCCGGUACGAUCGCUGGUCUUGACGUGCUCCGUGUCAUCAACGAGCCCACCGCCGCGGCCCUCGCGUAUGGUCUCGACCGCAACGACUCGCGACAGAUCGCCGUCUACGAUCUUGGAGGAGGAACGUUCGAUGUCUCGAUCCUCGAGAUGCAAAAGGGUGUCUUCGAGGUCAAGUCGACCAACGGUAACACCCAUCUCGGUGGUGAGGACUUUGACAUCACGCUCGUCAACUACUUCGUCGAGGAGUUCAAGAAGGAGUCCGGCCUCGACCUCUCCAAGGACCGCAUGGCGAUCCAGCGUAUCCGUGAGGCCGCCGAGAAGGCCAAGAUCGAGCUGUCGUCGACGACACAGACCGACGUCAACUUGCCCUACAUCACCGCUGAUGCUUCGGGACCCAAGCACAUUAACCUCAAGCUCUCGCGAUCCCAGUUCGAGCAGCUCGUCUCCCCCCUCAUCGCCAAGACCGUCGACCCUUGCAAGAAGGCCAUCUCGGACGCCGGCGUCAAGGUUUCGGAGAUCAACGAGGUCAUUCUCGUGGGUGGUAUGUCGCGCAUGCCCCGCGUCAUCGACACCGUCAAGGCCGUCUUUGGUCGUGACCCUUCCAAGGGUGUCAAUCCCGAUGAGGCCGUCGCCGUCGGCGCCUCGAUCCAGGGUGGUGUCCUCGCCGGUUCCGUCACCGACGUCCUCUUGCUCGAUGUUACCCCUCUCUCGCUCGGUAUCGAGACUCUUGGUGGUGUCUUCACCCGCCUGAUCAACCGCAACACGACGAUCCCGACCAAGAAGUCGCAGACUUUCUCGACCGCCGCCGAUGGCCAGACCGCCGUCGAGAUCAAGGUCUUCCAGGGAGAGCGUGAGCUCGUCCGCGAUAACAAGAUUCUCGGUAACUUCCAGCUCGUCGGCAUCCCCCCCGCACCCAAGGGUAUCCCCCAGAUCGAGGUCACCUUCGACAUUGACGCCGAUGGUAUCGUCAACGUCUCGGCCAAGGACAAGGCGACGAACAAGGACCAGUCGAUCACGAUCGCCGCCUCUUCCGGUCUUUCGGACAAGGAGAUUGAGUCUAUGAUCGAGCAAGCCGAGCAACACGCCGAGGUCGACAAGGCCCGCCGCGAGUUGAUCGAGGCCGCCAACUCUGCUGACUCGGUCGCCGCCGAGACCGACAAGGCUUUGAAGGAGCACAAGGAGCAGGUUGACGCCGAGGAGGCCAAGAAGGUCGAGGCGUUGAUUGCCGAGUUGCGCGAGCUCGCCAUCAAGUCGCAAGGCGACGAUGCCGUCACACCUCAACAGCUCAAGGACAAGAUCUCGGAGACCCAGCAGGCCUCGUUGUCCUUGUUCCAGAAGGUGUACGAGCGCAAGCAACAGCAGGACGGUCAGGCCGCACCUUCUUCCGAAGAGCCCUCCAAGCCCGAGGAGCCCAAGAAGGAGUGA